AUGCCACGCUGUAUAAAAGUCGCUGCUGCACAGGUUGGCGCUGUGCACCGCACAUCAUCGCGACUAGAGACGCUGCAGCGUAUGAUCCAGCUCCUCGACGAAGCCAUCGCCCAAAACGUCCAACUGGUCGUCUACCCCGAAACCACAUUCACCACCUUCUUCCCUCGCCACCUCAUCCGCUCGCCCGAGGAUCUAGAUGUUUUCUUCGAGAGUGGUGAAGACAUCACCGCCAACAGCUCGGUCAAACCACUCUUCCAACGAGCCAAAUCCGGCAAGGUCGAUCUGUACGUGGGGUACGCUGAACGCUGCGCUGAUGGCAGAGGGUAUAACUCCAGUAUCUAUUACUCUGGCUCAUUGGAUCGAAUCCUCAGCAAGUAUCGCAAAGUCCACCUUCCAGGAACGGUCGAGCCGUUCGCCGACCCGCACGCCAUCAACCAGCUCGAAAAGCGGUAUUUCAGCCCCGGGAACCUGGGUUUCAAGGCCUUUCGUAUCCCGUGCCUUGUCCCUGACAAAGUGACGCGUGGUGGAAAGACAGCCUUCCAGGGGGAUGAAGAUGAAGAAGAUACACUCGGCAAGGGCGACCCCAUUGCCGGCAUGCUCAUCUGCAACGACCGUCGCUGGCCCGAGGCCUGGCGGGUUUACGGUCUCCAGGGCGUGGAGCUCGUCCUGUGUGGAUACAACACCCCUGCGUACGCACCGGAUUUGUAUGGGCAAAAAGAAAGAAACGGCGGGACUUCGACUUCGACGAUGACCAGGGAGGAGAUGGAGGCAGAUGCUUACCACCACCACAGACUCGUCAUGGAAGCAAAUAGCUACAUGAACUCAUGUUUUUCCAUCUCGGCCUCCCGUGCGGGCCUGGACGACGGCACGUACGCGCUUAUUGGAGGCAGCAGCAUUGUGUCGCCGCGAGGGCGUACAAUCGCGCAGGCGAAAGGAACUGGCGACGAGCUAGUAGUGGCCCAGAUUGACCUGGAUGAUUGCAAAGGGGGAAAGGAGACGAUGUUCAACUUUGGCGCCCAUCGUCGCGUCGACACAUACGGCCUGAUCGCUUCACAGACGGGCGUCGUGGAGCCUCCACUGAUUGACACGACAACAAGGUGA